AAAGAGACCCUAAUAGUGAGCCUUGAACUGAUCUUAAAAAAUGUGAAUGAAAUGGGAUAAAACAUGGUAGCAACAUUACAAACACAAUGGGCUAAUUGUAAAUCGAAUAUUAUUUGUAUGAGAUGAGAUGAGAUGCUGCUAUUGCGAUAUUUAACAAACACUUCGCUUUCAACGUAUCCUGCAUUCCACCCUCAACUUGUAUUGUCUUUCCCCAAACCCCCUCCUCGAUCAUCAUCUCCACAUCGUUCUCUACUAAGAUUUUCUAGCAAACGCCUCCGGGUCUGCUCAGGAAUGGAUGGCUCAGGAGUCAGUGCCGUGAAGGAAGUUGCAGCCAGCGUAGAAGUCAACAUGGAAGAAGAAUACGUUUCUCUAUCUAAAUUGUACAAAGAAUUCACAAGCAUGUCUACCAUUGACAAAGCGUGGACCUUCAAGUCAUCCAGCGGUCAGGGGUCUCGCACUAUGUUUUCAAUUACCCAACCGAAUCUUUUAGCGAACAAGAGGAAGAAACUAAUGUUGUCAAGUGUCAUCUCUGAAAAUUCAAAUGGUGGUGUGGAUGCUGAAUGGGCACCGUUUCCAAUUGACGUUACAGGUGCAUCUCUGAUGGUUCCCUCCCCAUCAGGCUCAAAGCUUCUUGUCGUUAGAAAUCCCGAAAAUGAUUCACCGACUGUCUUUGAAAUAUGGGGCCCGUUUCAGUUAGAGAAGGAGAUUCGUGUUCCUCAGUCCAAACAUGGUUCUGUGUAUGCAGACGGAUGGUUUCAGGGAAUCUCAUGGAACUCCGAUGAAAGUGCAAUUGCAUAUGUUGCAGAGGAACCAAGUGUGCAAAAACCGUCAUUUAGCGAUACAGCCGGUUACAAAAAAGACGCUGGUCCCAAUUCAACCGACAAGGAUUUAAGUAGUUGGAAAGGUCAAGGGGACUGGGAGGAGGAUUGGGGUGAAGCGUAUUCCGGAAAGAGGCAGCCCGCUCUCUUUGUCAUCAAUAUCAACAGUGGAGAUGUUCGUGCGGUACAAGGGAUUGGGAGGUCACUGAGUGUUGGACAAGUUGUAUGGGCUCCAACAACAAAAGGGUCACAUGAAUAUCUGAUUUUUGUCGGGUGGCCUUCAGACGUUAGGAAGUUUGGGAUGAUAUAUUGCUAUAAUAGGCCUUGUGCGAUAUAUGCUGUAAAGUCUCCGUCGUUCGAAUCGGAAAUCAAAGACAAUGCUGUAAACGAUGAUGCAUCCGUGAUAAAUCUGACUCAAGGCACGAGUAGUGCUUUCUACCCACGAUUCACUCCAGAUGGAAAGUUUCUUGUGUUUUUUUCUGCGAAAACUUGUAUAGACACUGGGGCACAUUGUGCUACACAAUCUAUUCAUAAAACUGUGUGGAACAAUGAAGGAGAACCAAGCCCUGCCAAGAUUGUCGAUGUGGUUCCUGUUGUGAUGUGUCCGGACGAGGAUGGUUGCUUCCCAGGGAUCUACUGUUUUAAUAUGCUUAGUAAACCAUGGCUUUCAGAUGGAUCUACAAUGAUCUUAUCUUCCGUUUGGGGCAGCGCUGAAGUAAUACUUUCUGUGAAUGUGCAAAGUGGGAAAGUAACAAGAAUCACUCCCAGCAAUUCAAAUCAUUCGUGGAGUUUACUUACACUUAAUGGCGAUAACAUCCUUGUUGUAUGUAGCAGCCUUGUAGAUGUCCCUCAGAUCAAAUAUGGUAGUAUAACAAAGGAGGAAUCUAAAGAUGACAUCUGGCGCUGGCUGGACGUUUCAAGCCCCACGUCUGAAUCUCACGAGAAAGUUAAAUCUUUACUUUCAUCUCUUCAAUUUGACAUUUUGAAGAUACCCGUCAAGAAUGUCUCCGAGAACCUCAAAAAAGGAGCCUGCAAACCUAUCGAAGCAAUAUAUGUAUCAUCAAAGUCGAAGCGUGAGGAUUGUGAUCCAAUGAUUGUAAUACUUCAUGGAGGCCCUCAUUCUGUUUCAUUGUCAAGCUUUUCAAAAACCUCAGGGUUUCUUGCCUCAAUUGGAUACAGCUUGUUAAUCGUGAAUUACAGAGGUUCAAUCGGAUAUGGUGAGGAGGCAUUGCAAUCACUUCUGGGCAAAGUUGGAUCACAGGAUGUAAAUGAUGUCCUCACAGCCGUUGAUCAUGCUGUUGACAAGGGGCUUGCAAACCCUUCAAAAAUAACCGUGCUUGGUGGGUCCCAUGGUGGUUUCUUAACUACACACUUGAUUGGCCAGGCGCCAGAUAAGUUUGCUGCCGCUGCUGCGAGGAACCCCGUUUGUAAUCUUGCUUUGAUGGUCGGUACAUCAGAUAUACCCGAUUGGUGCUUUGUGGAAGCAUUUGGAAGCCUGGGGGUUUCUAGCUAUACCGAAGCCCCUUCACCCGAACAUAUCUCUUUGUUUCAUGAAAAAUCCCCUAUUGCACAUAUCUCAAAGGUGAAAACUCCUACGCUUUUCCUCUUAGGUGCUAAAGAUCUCCGAGUCCCGGUUUCAAACGGAUUGCAGUUUGCGCGGGCAUUGAAGGAAAAGGGAGUUGUGACAAAAGUGAUUGUUUUCCCCGAAGAUAUACAUCCUAUUAACAGACCACAAUCAGAUUUCGAGAGCUUUGUCAACAUAGGAGUUUGGUUCAAGAAGUAUUGCAAGUAAUGCUGAUAUCUGGACCGACGGUUGGGCUUUUUAUGGAUUUAAGCUUUGUUUUUUACAAACAUCAUGUCUUGGAAAUUUUUAACCAAAUAUUUGUAAGACUGAGUUCAAGCGUCCGUUUUGACAUCUCUUAUGAACAAAGAUUGAUGCCGGGCCGAUGCAGUUAUUGAUUUAGAUAUGAUGAAAUAGAAACAGAUGGAACCUGUGAGGUGUUGAGGUGUCUUUACUCUUUAGUGAAGAGAUGUAAGAUUACCAUUUUCUGGAUCUAUUUUUUGUUUAACAGACAAAAAAAAAAAAAAAAAAAAAA